UGGGAUGACCUGGCCGCUGUGGUCAGUCCGCUGACGGCGUACACCUACACACGGACCGGAUAUUAUCUCGCUACACAUGAUGCCUCUGCUAAAUCAGUAACCCGAGGCCAGCGGCCAAGGAGGAUCUAAUCAGCUACUUAUGUUAGCAUUAGCCAUACUUAGUUAGCUAGUAUAAACAUUGUAUAAAACAAAGAGAGACAUUUCAGUGAUUAUCGGUGCAAUCUGGUCAAGUAGAUUUACUUACAUGUUGGUUGCAUUUGGGAUUCAACCACCGGGGGUUGCUGGAGAAACGACCCGCGAUAAAAUAACUUUGUUUGACCAAAGCCAUGACUUUGUAUAAAACAAACUAACAUUUGCUAGCGUCUGUCAUUGACAAAACAUUUCUCUGAGAUCGAGUACUUAGGCCUGGUAUUAAAAUAAAAUUUAGAAAAUAAUAAAUAAUUUCGUCCGCUACUUAAUGAAUCAAUUGAUCUCGAUUAUUUUUAUAUACAGAUUUAUUCCAAAUGCGAUGUUUUUUCCCCCUGGGGACCAAAGACGUAUAAUUUAUCAAUAUAUCGCAGUAUUUUGCAUCCAUCAUCAUCAAUUGUUUAGUUACGUCUGAUCAACGCGUAGCGCCGUAAUGGCGUAAGCACGUACGAAGACUACAAUUGCGUGCUGACGUCUUUCCUUCGUCCUUUCCUCUACUACCGGCGAGAAUGAAGACCAUUCUCAGUAACCAGACUGUGGAUAUCCCCGACGGUGUCGAGGUGAGGCUGAAGGGACGGACCGUCAUCGUCAAGGGUCCCCGGGGGGUUCUCCGCAGGGAGUUCAACCACAUCAACCUGGAACUCAGCCUGUUGGGGAAGACGCACAAAAAGCUGCGUGUGGAUAAAUGGUGGGGCAACAGGAAGGAGCUGGCGACAGUCAGAACCAUCUGCAGUCACGUCCAGAACAUGAUCAAGGGAGUCACCAUGGGUUUCCGCUAUAAGAUGCGCUCGGUGUACGCCCAUUUCCCCAUCAACGUUGUGAUGCAGGAGAGUGGAGCUCUGGUGGAGAUCAGGAACUUCCUGGGGGAGAAAUAUAUCCGUCGGGUCCGCAUGAGACAGGGUGUGUCCUGUGCCGUGUCUGCAGCCCAGAAGGAUGAGUUGAUUCUGGAGGGAAACGAUAUUGAGUUGGUGUCUAACUCUGCCGCUCUCAUCCAGCAAGCCACCACGGUCAAAAACAAGGAUAUCAGGAAGUUCCUGGACGGAAUCUACGUGUCUGAGAAGGGAACGGUGGUCCAGAAAGAGGAUUAGAGCCACUCUGAUCCAACAAGUCACCACGGUCAAGAAGGACAUCAGGAAGUUCCUGGAUGGGAUCUACGUCAGUGAGAAGAGACCACUGUGGCGGAAACAGACGGACGAAUAACUGAAUCAGAUGCAUCUCUGGAACUCACUAUUGACCAAUAAAAUCCCUCCCUUUUUUUUCAACGACACCCCA